AUGCCAGACUGCGGAGCAUUUCAGGAAACGCAGUGUCACCUCCGCGGAGUCAAGGAAACGGACCCUCCACCGGAAAAUAAAAGACAUAAUAUUAACGCUUCUUUUAAACUUUAUUUUGAAAAACCUGACGGGAAGCGCUCCCCGCACGCUCCCGUGAACCUGCCGUGCUCCAAACGUGAUGCUGUGCGUGUUGUGCGCCUCCAGCUCCAUCUCCAUCCCUGGGUCCACAGCAGCGGCAGCGGCAGCCUCCUCUCCCCCUCCCCGACAUCAGCACCUCUCACCCGGCUGCACCUCCACCGCGCGUCCCCGCUGUCCACGCACCGUUCUCGGCCACUUCCCAGCCGUAAACAGCGCUCCUCUCACCUUCUCCCGGUGCAUGGCCUCUCUAUGGGACGAUGGCAGAGGGGGAUUAUUCGCCUGUUCUGUCGUUUACGCGCAACAACAGGUCGCGCCGGUGAACCCCCCGACCACACCGCUUUAGCACGCCGGAUCUGGGACACCUUUUCGGGGCGCGGAUGUGUAGCGUGGUUGUGGUGGAGGGGCGCCUGCAGGAUGGAUAUAGAUGCAUGUUUUCGAUAUUACUUCCAGCACCCGUGGUCGCGCCUCAUCGUGGCCUACCUCGUCACCUUCUUCAACUUCCUGAUCUUCGCCGAGGACCCGGUGUCCCACAGCCAGACCGAAGCUCACAUGAUCGUCGUGGGCAACUGCUUCUCCUUCCUCUUCAACAAGUACCCGGGCCUGGGCUGGAACAUUCUCAAGGUGGUGUGCUGGAUCGCCGCCAUCAUCACCGGACUGCUCGCCGGGAAGUUCAUAUUCCACCGGCAGCUUUUUGGUCGGUAUCUUCGUCUGAAAAUGUUCCGUGAGGACCAUGGCUCGUGGAUGACCAUGUUCUUCAGCACCAUCCUCUUCCUCUUCAUCUUCUCCCACAUCUACAACCUGUUUCUGCUCAUGGCCGGCAGCAUGGAGCCUCACAUGGUGACGGAGUACAUGGGCAUCCGGAACGAGAGCUUCAUGAAGAUGGCCGCGGUGGGGACGUGGAUGGGGGAUUUCGUCACCGCCUGGAUGGUGACAGACAUGAUGCUGCAGGACACACAUUACCCAGACUGGGGCCGAGCUGCCAGAAGAUUCUGGAAAAGAGGCAACAACCGCAUCGUUCUCUUCUGGACGGUGCUGAUCUCGCUCACCUCUGUGGUGGUCCUGGUCAUCAGCACAGACUGGAUCAGCUGGGACAAUCUGAACCGAGGCUUCCUGCCCAGUGACGAGGUCUCGCGGGCCUUCCUCGCCUCCUUCAUCCUGGUGUUCGACCUCCUCAUCGUCAUGCAGGACUGGGAGUUUCCACACUUUAUGGGCGAUCUGGACAUGAACCUGCCCGGGAUGUCCACCACUCACGUCAAAGUCAAACUGCCCGUGUGCAAACGGAUCUUUAAAGACGAGUACCACAUUCACAUCACAGGAAAGUGGUUCAACUACGGCAUCAUCUUCCUGGUCCUGAUCUUGGACUUAAACAUGUGGAAGAACCAGAUCUUCUACAAGCCUUAUGAGUACGGCCAGUACGUGGGUCCAGGCGAAAAGAUCUACACCGUGGAAGAACCGGAGACCCUCGCCAACUUCAACCACUCCACCCUCACCUACGAGUGGCGCUACACCAACGUGGACCCGCGCACCAACCUCACCUACGUAACCCGGGACAUGUUCCUGCACAGCCGCUACGUGGGGGCCAGCCUAGAUGUCAAAUGUUUAGCCUUCAUCCCGAGUUUAGCUGCUUUUGUGCUGUUCGGAUUCUUCAUCUGGUUGUUGGGGAGAUUCCAGGACAGCGAAACGUUCACAGAAAACCCAGAUAAAACAUACGAAAGGAUAAAGAGGAAAUCCCCGUCGGAGUACAGCUCUAAAGACAUGGGGACGACGCCGGAGGAGCUGCACGCCGCAAUGACGGACAGUUUAAAAAAGUCUGGAACACCGAUGUUGCUGUCCGUAGACGGGCCUCAUUUUGGGGCGACUCCUUCGACCAAUUCGACGAUCUCCAUGGAAACGCAGGAGACACAUCCGAGCAUCGUGAUUGACAGUGUGGAGCAGGACGAGCCGGCCGUGUUUUUUGACGUACACAAACUCUCCCCAUAA